UGUUAAAUCAAGAUGGCGGCGGCACAGAGUCCCGGGACGGCGAAGGUCCGCAGUAGGUCGGCCCCCAUACACCUACUCAGGGCCAGGAAGAGACAGUCUCCGGAACUUCUGCCAGAGUUCGAACUGUCCUUAAAGCCUAGCGACAAAAAUGCGCGCGUUUUGGAGCGUAUGCUGACCAAGACGACUCUGUCAACACAGCGGGCCUCCCACUACAAUGUGAUGUCUGUAGGUACAGACGUCCUGAACACCAUGUUGAGACGAGCCCAUGCUGAGAAGGAGGAGGCUGUGAGGCAGGCGAUAGCCGAGGCUGAGGCACGGGCAGCCAGGGAACUGAAGGAGGCGCUCGAUGAGGCUUUAAGGGAAGCAGCAGAGUCAAAGAGAAAAGCUUUGGAUGAACAGAAGCAGUACUAUGAGCAGCUGGCCCAGCGGGUUGCCGAGGCCAGGGACAAACUGGAGGCAGAGAGGAUUGCCAGCCUCACCAAGAAGAUGCAGAGAGAGAAGGAGGAGGCACUCAAGGAAGCAUGGGCCAAGGCUGAGGUCAUCAAGAAUGAGGCCAUAGCACAGGCCUUAGAGGAGCAGAGGAAAAAACUGAGAGCAGAGGCUGCACUGGAGAGGGAGCAGGCAGUGGCAAAGGCACUUACUAUAGCAAGGCAUAAACAUGCCAUCAAACUUGACGAGGCAGUUGAGAGGACCAAACGUGAAUGUGAACACAACGCCAGUGUGAGGGCAGCAGCCAUGGCCAAAGUUUAUCAGUCUGAGAUUAACAAAAGGGAACAAAGAAUAUCUGAUUUACAAGACGACUUGGCUGCAGAACACAGGAGGAAGCUGGAUGUGGAGAAAGACUUUAAGGAGCUCCAGGUGGAUUACAUGCGUUUCCUGGACCUGACUGAUGGACAGUACCACUCAGACUACAUGAUAAGGUACAGGUGGCACGGGCGCAUGGCAGGGCAGGCCGACAGUAGGGUACAGACAGACAACCUCAACAAGAGAAAUGCCUCCACAGAACCAGGCGACCCGCUACAUGUCUUCUAAGUACAGGACAACAGUACAGACAGUAUUUCUUCUCAACUAUUGUAUAUCUGUGUUCUGAUUUGGAAGUAUAAACUGUAAAAUGCAUGAAGUACUUGUAUCCACCAAUAUGCAGUGAAUGUGAUGCAGCAGAAGUUAAACCAAGCUGAUUGCGAUAAUUAGUCAAACAAGGUCUUGCACAAUGUACUGUUACUUCAAUGGAGGUUCAACAUCAUGGUAAUAAGAUAUGCAAGGUCACUCAAGUCACUGGAGAGAUUUUGGAAACAGUUUCAUGUUUCAGAUAGCAUCCACUACCUUUUGUUAGCUUACAACCUAUGUCAAUGAUAGGUACUACCUGAAACAACAGGCCAUGCAUUGCCAAAAUCUUCUAGUAUUUAGUUGCUUGAAUAUCCAUUACCCUGCAUAGUCUUCCUGUCAAUGAUAACUAGCAAGAUACAAAGGAGUCCAUUCAAGAAAAGCUGAAAAAAGCAAGUACAAAUGUACAAGUACAUGUAAAGUAAAAUCUUAUCAGAUAUUCAGUGCAGUAUUAUUGCUGAUGUUCUAAAUGCAUGCCUAGUGCAGGUCACAAAUGCAUCAAUAUUUUUACAAAGCAGUGAGACUAAUGAUUGCAGUGUUAUUUUUUGUAUGUUGCUAGAGCUUCACCUAUGACAAUCAAAUGUGUCUGCAUGACUGGUACGCGGAGAGCUCAUGCUGUUCCCAAGGAUGCAGAGAUUACUAACUUAAGUCAUUCCAGUGUUCAUGUUUCUAAAGGAAUGGUGCUAUAUAUAUGCUGAACUGAAUGACUUUUCAUUUGAAAUGCAGUGAUGAUAUUCAGAUUGUUUGGAUCCUAUUUAUCAUGUAAUAACUAUGCUCAUAAUGUUUUUGUACCUUGUCAACACUGUAAACUUAGUCAUUCAACGGUUUAAUUUGUUCGAAACAUUUUGUACUUUACUGAACACUUACACAUACAUGACAAUGUGAAAUAUUUGUAAAUUUUCAUGUCAGACAUAUCGUGCUUAAAAGGUCAUGAAAUGUACGUGUUGUAAAUUAUUUUGACAGAAAAUAGAGAUUUCUGAUAAGAACUAAGAUGUUAGAAUCGCUUUAAUAAAUUGAGAUUUUACAAAUGCUUA